GGCCAUGGCCAGCGUCCAGCAGGGCGAGAAGCAGCUCUUCGAGAAGUUCUGGCGAGGUACAUUCAAAGCCGUGGCCACGCCGCGACCCGAGAGCAUCAUCGUGGCCAGCAUCACAGCCCGCAAGCCACUGCCCAGUGGGACACUCAGCUGCCUGCCAUACCCUGCAGAGGACAGACAUCCUGAAAAGCCGAGCGGCCGAGCGCUCAAGGAGGCUUCCACCGCCAACGGCUGUGCCAAGGGGAAGGAGAGAAGAGACCAUGCUCACCACAGCCCCUCGUGUGACGAGGCGCCCGCACCCCCGCCGGCCCGGGGGAAGAAGAAGAAGAAGAAGAAAUCGGGCCGCAAGAAGAGAAGGAGGUCUCCCUCCUACAGCCCCUCGCCCGUGAAGAAGAAGAAGAAGAAAAGCUCAAAGAAGCGAAAAAGAAACAGGUUAUCUUCAAAGAAGAGAAGACACAGUUCUUCCAGCCCCAAAAGUAAGAGAAAGGAAGAAAGAAAACACAAAAAACACUCCCGUGGGCGCACGCGGAAGUCUCGCCGCCACCGCCGCUCCGAGAGCUCCGACUCGCGCUCCCCCAGCUGCCGAAGCAGGCACAGAGCCCGGUCUCGGGAGGAAGGGCGUAAAACACGGCAGAGACACUCCAGGCACCGCUCAAAGAUCACAGCAAAGAGAAGCUCCUCUGCAGAGGACCAGGCCAGCCAAAAAGCCAGCCAAACCCUCCCAUUCUACAGCUUCCUGUCUCCCAAGGAAGUGAUCUCUCAGUCAGGGUCUUCUGCUGACCUCUUAACCAAAACAGACAGCUCGCCUGGCAACCUACCCAGGCAGAAUGGAGAGUAUCAUGAAUAUGACUCAGGAAACGAUACUUCCUCCCCUCCCUCCACUCAAACCAGCUCAUCCAGGUCAAAGGACAGCCAGGAGAAAAGAAGUCUAGUCCAUGAUGGCUUUGGCCAUGCCUUCUCAUCUGGGAAGCCCAAACUGGCCAACAGUGAUAACAGCUCUGAUUCAGGAAAUUCCUUCACCAGUUGCUUUUCCCAGACCAAGGGAACAGCUUUGGAAAACCUGUCUCCAGAUGCCCAAGGACAAGACCGAAGAGGGUGCCUGUCCUUGUGUCUCAGCUGUCCAGAGGAGAAGAAGGGAAACGCCCUCCCGUCCCCAGCCCACAGCUCCCCUCUGCGGCCGUGCUCCCGCAGCGGGUCCUACACCAGCACCGGCAGAUCCUCCCCCGGCUCCAGCCGUUCCAGCCACUCCAGCUCCUCACACCACAAGGACUCUCCCAAGUACUCCCGAAGCAGGUCCUGCUCUUCAGAGAAAAGGUCUUCUUCACGUUCCCCCAGCUAUUCCUCCAAAUCCUGCAAAAAAAGUCCUGGGAGCAGGAGUUCAAGGCCUCGUCGGAGCCCCAGUUACUCCCGCUACAGCCCUAGCAGAGAACACGAGCGAGAGCACAAGUACGGCUCCAGUGAGAAGGAGUCCCACAGGGAGCGCGACCGCCGGCGGCGCCGCUCCUAUUCCCCGCUGAGGAAGCGCAGGAGAGACUCUCCCAGCCACCUGGAAGCUCGGCGCAUCACAAGCGCCCGCAAGCGCCCCAUCCCCUACUACCGUCCCAGUCCCUCCUCCUCCAGCAGCGCCAGCAGCUUUUCCUCCUGGUACAGCAGCUUCAGCCGCUCCCGGAGCCGGAGCUACUCCAGCUACCGGACAAGCCGGAGCCGAAGCUGGAGCAGCAGCAGCGCUGGGAGCAGGAGCCGCAGCCGGAGCUCGGGCCCCAGGAGCAGCCGCAGCAGGAGCAGGAGCUAUGACUCAGGAGGCAGCUCCGACAGCCUGGGUCGCUAGGGAGUGCCGCCUGCUCCUCCAAAUUCCUGGCAUUCUCCGCAUCCUUCCCACCUGCCUGGCCAUCGAUAGCAAUCAUCCUCCUCGAUACCGACGUGGUGGCAGUGCCAGGUCCCCCUUCCCUGCCUCGUGCGCCCAGCGCGGCCCCUUUGCGACCUGUGG